UCUGCCUAUGUUAUGGGUGUUGGGCAACCGUGAGGAUUGGGUUGGGAGAGUCCAAACAGGUCAGAGGGAGAGGCACAGAACUCUGCCUCUCACCACUAUAUGACCCUGGGCCUCCUGCUUUAUCACUCCGGGCCUCAGUUUUGUCAUCAGAAAAGUGGGGAUGUUGAUACUGCCUGCCUCAUGAGAGCACUAUGUGGACUCAGUGGGAAGAGGUGAGUACUGGGCUCUGUCUGGUCUGUCAUGUGCUUCCUUGAACUGUGACUAUAAGCAAGAAACAGAGAUGCAGGUGAAACCUCCGCAGACUGGAACUCCAGCCUCUCCAGGGCACUGCUGAAUCCUGAAAGGAUGAGAGUGAUUACAGCGAUAUAAAUAAUGGGAUGCCCCAUUUACGGGGCAUCUGCCAUGAUGCAGGGACUCUAGGAGGCAUCUAUCAUUUAUGACGUCAUGGGAGUCACCCAGCAGCCCCUAGUGAAGAUCCAGGCUCAGAGACUCUCACUCAGGCUCACCUCCCUCCAGGGGUGCAAGGAUGCACGCCGGGCAGAGACCACCACAGGUUCACCCUUGGCACCUGCCUGCCAUGGUCCCCAAGGUCCCUUUCCCAGUCUCCUCGAUGCUCUGCUCUGAGAACUCCACCCCUACCUGGCCCAUGCUUCCCUAGGGAAGAGGGGAGGCAAUGAGGGGGCAGCCAGGAGACCAGGAGGAAUGUGUCCUGGGGUCACAGUUAAAGAGGAUGGACUCAAUGCAGAAGCAGGACCUCCGGAGGCCAAAGAUACACGGGGCGGUCCAGGUGCCCCCCUACCAGCCACCCACGCUAGCCUCACUGCAGCGAUUGCUGUGGGUCCGCCGGACCGCCACAAUGACCCACAUCAAUGAGGUCUGGCCCAACCUCUUCUUGGGAGAUGCAUACGCAGCCCGAGACAAGAGCCGGCUGAUCCAACUGGGCAUCACUCAUGUUGUGAAUGUCGCUGCAGGCAAGUUUCAGGUGGACACAGGUGCCAAGUUUUACCGUGGAACACCUCUGGAGUACUAUGGCAUUGAGGCCGACGACAAUCCCUUCUUUGACCUCAGUGUCUACUUUUUGCCUGUUGCUCGAUACAUCAGAGAAGCCCUCAAUACUCCCCGAAGCCGCGUGCUGGUCCACUGCGCCAUGGGGGUAAGCCGUUCUGCCACAGUUGUCCUGGCCUUCCUCAUGAUCUGCGAGAACAUGACCCUGGUAGACGCUAUCCAGACGGUGCAGACCCACAGAGAUAUCUGCCCCAACUCAGGCUUUCUCCGGCAGCUCCAGGUUCUGGACAACAGGCUGAGGCGGGAAUCAGGGCAACUCUGACUUUAGGGAGCGCCCGAAGCCCUGACCCCUCCAUCCAGCGUAGCCCCGCCUGACCUGCCUGGCCUUGGGGAUGGCAGUCUCAGCCGUUUCCAGAGACCCUGAGAUGUCACCAGCAAGUCAGGGCUCCGCGGAGGCAGAGGCAGGGCAGGCUGGGUGUCAUCCUUCAGCAAGUGGAGUCCCUUGACCCAAUAUAAAAAUUCUUUAUGCACAAGAAAAUUCAGUCUGUCUCUAUAAUAAAAAGUUCAUCAUAAUGAA